GCGCGCGCUCUGUGACAUAAUGGAAGGCACGAGCCUUGAAAAGCUCGGGGCGGCGCGUGCAGUCCUCUCAGAACGCAGAUCGUGAACAGAAGAGGACAGCUGACUGACAGGGAUCCUCAUCACACCAGGUCUUUAAUCUGAGGUCGGGGACAUGGUCUAAACUGAUACGGGUCACUGUGAGCAGGAGAAUAAUGAUGAAGAAGGAUCUGAACCUGAGCAUGGCUGAGGACUCGGACCUCAAACCGCACCUCCGGGACCCCGAGGGCAUCCUCAGCGCCCCGGAGCUGGGGCUCCUGAAGCUGGCAUCCCCAGAACUGGAGAGACUCAUCAUCCAGUCCAACGGGAUGGUCACCACGACCCCCACCAGCACCCAGUUCCUCUACCCGAAGACGGUCACAGAGGAGCAGGAGUUCGCUGAGGGCUUCGUGAAGGCGCUGGAGGAUUUACACAAGCAGAACCAGCUGAGUGGACCCGGGCAGACCAACACCAGUCUGGAUCUUGGGGGUAACAUCACUCCGGUCUCUGUCCAGCCGGAACUACCGGUCUACACGAACUUGAACAGCUACGGGAGCGGGCCUCUGGAAACCACCGUGAACUACUCCACAGAGACAGUCCCCUUCCCUCCACCCCCUCCUCCAUCUCAGCUUAUGGGGGCAGCCCCGACGCACACGGAUCUCUCUCGGGUCCAGCCGCCGAAGGAGGAGCCACAGACGGUCCCUGACGUGCAGAGUUUCGGGGAAAGCCCACCCCUGUCCCCCAUCGACACUGACUCACAGGACCGCAUGAAAGCCGAGAGGAAGAGGCUCAGGAACCGGAUCGCGGCCUCCAAGUGUCGGAUGCGCAAACUGGAGCGGAUCUCGAGGCUGGAGGACAAGGUGAAGACCCUGAAGAACCAGAACACGGACCUGGCCUCGACAGCGAGCCAGCUCAGGGACCAGGUGGCCCAGCUGAAGGAGAAAGUCCUCACCCAUGUCAACAGCGGCUGCCAGCUGCUGCCACAUGAGGUCCAGGUUCACUAAGGGGGCCGAUGCUGAGAACUCACCAGCACAUAAGCUCCAUGGACUCUUUACGCAGCUGGAGCUGGCCCGGAUCUGCGCAGUCCACAAUGGAUGAAUGCCAGUUAACACGAGCCGAACUGUAUAUUAGUGUCCUUUAAAUGACUCUGAGGAUCAGCAGCACAUACCUGGUAGAACAAGAUUGAAUAGAUUAUAUGGAGGGGUUGAUUUUAUUAUUUAACUCAACUCAUUUUUAUUUAUGAAGCACCUUUCAUACAUUCAAGCAUGCAACACAAAGAGCUCCACCAAACAGAGAGACACAAAACUACAGAAAGAGUGAACAUGGAGAGAAAAGGGAAUAAAAUACUUACAAUUAGAAACAUGACCAUCAAAUCAAUAAAAUACAAUCAGAGAAGAUAACAGAAAAAUAACAUAAAAUCAGAAAAGUAACAGAAAAAUAACAUAAAAUAAUUAUAGUAAAAUAAUUGUAAUAAAAUCAGAAUUAACAGAAAAAAAAAUAAUUGUAAUAAAAUCAAUAAAAUACAAUCAGAGAAGUGUCAGAAAAAUAAAAUAAAAUCAGAGAAGUAACAGAAAAAUAAAAUAAAUAAAAUAAAAUCAGAGAAGUAACAGAAAAAUAAAGAUAAAACCAGUAAAAUAAAAUCAAGAUAAUCCAAUCAGAUAAAUACCAA